AUGGACUGUCCACGCUGUACCAUCCGCUUGACACGCCCUGCCAAACGGCUCCGUGUCACACUACCCGCCCGCCGCGCCUUUCACGCCUCCCCAGCGCACUCACGCCUGGGUGCUCAAACCUAUGCUCAGGAAUGGCAGACCGGCAGCUACCACUUCAACAAGGCCCACACCAAAACAUUGCCAGUCGCCGCAAAGCGUACCGAUGAGCUGCUCACGAACUGGAUGACGCAACAGAAACGCCGCGCGGGACAAACGGAUUCGGUAGUCUCGCAACAGCUAUUGCGCAACCAGAUCGCAGCGCAGAGACGGAAGACGGAUACAGUGCUCGUGAGCAACAGUACUGCGAAGGACUUUGGGGAUCGGGUCGAGGUCACUGCAUUCAUCUACAAUGGAGUUGAGGCAGCGGAGCAGGAAGAGGAGCGGAAGAGGCAAGCUAGAAAGGGGGUCAAGGCCGAGGGUGGGGAGGGCGGAGGCAACAAGAGAGGGCCUGUCAGGAGGAGGAGGGGACCUGUUCGGCCUGGAGAUGGUAAUGCCCCUGGGGCUGGGAUGGGAGGUGGAGCUGGUCCUGGGCCUGGGCCUGGUGUGAGAAGAGCGUCCGCAGCCAAGGCAGGCGGAAUCUGGGACCAGGGGCCGUGGGAGGUGGCAAUCGGUUUGGCAGGCCGGGAGGGCCACCCAGAGCAGGAGGACCUGCGGGUGGCUCUAGGCCGCCCCUCGGUGCUCCUUUCCCUCCGAGGGCUCCAAGAGCACCACCGAGCACGUAAAGCAGUUUUCCGCACAUCUGGAAAAACCCAGCCCCAGAGAUAUGAGGAGUGA